GCAGCGGCGGCAGCAGCAGCAGUCCUGGCAGGAGCCAGAGCCCGGCAGCCGAGGCUGCAGCCAGCUGCCUGCCCGUCCCCUACCUGCACCGUCACCCCGGCACCGCACCGGCACCGACCCCGGCGGGGGCAAAAAUAAGGGAGAGGGAGCAGAGGGAGGUGCACUGCAGAGGGAUCCCAGACAACCCAGGUGAUGACCUGAAAAAAUCAUGUCUGAGGUCCAGGGAACGGUCGAGUUUUCUGUGGAGCUACACAAAUUCCAUAAUGUGGACCUCUUCCAGAGAGGGUAUUACCAGAUAAGAGCUGGAGUGAAGAUCCCAUCCAGGAUUCCCCACAGGGUGUUUGCUACGAUUGCGGGACAGACAGGUGAUUCCAGCCUCUGCUCAGCCUGCGUUCAUGAAAACAACGUUUACAGCAGAAUAUUUCAGAUUUUGUACAGAAACGAAGAAAUCAUUCUUAAUGAAUCAAUGAACUUCAGAGUGCACCUGCUGCUGGAUGGCGAAAGGGUGGAAGAUGCAUUGAGUGAGGCAGAUUUUCAGCUCAAGUUGGACCUGCACUUUACUGAUAGCGAACAACAGCUGAGAGAUGUCCCAGCAAUCCCCAUGAUCAGCAGCCGUACACUGUGUCUUCACUUCCACCCCCGGAGAGGUCUGCACCACCAUGUUCCUGUCAUGUUUGACUAUUUCCACCUGUCAGUGAUAUCCGUCACGGUGCACGCGUCACUGGUAGCAUUACACCAGCCUCUGAUCAGUUUUGCUCGUCCAGGGAAAGGUUCAUGGCUUGGUAAGGGAAACCUGGAGGCGGGACCAGACCAGUCCAGUAUGUCAUUAGAAAAUCUAGUGUUUGGAGCUGGUUACUGCAAACCCACAUCUUCAGAGGGCAGCUUUUAUGCCCCGUCUGAAAACUGCAUGCAGCAUGCAUACAAAUGGCAUAAGGACCUCUGUCAUCUGCUCUUGAAUGCUCAAAGAGGACUUCACACGUACUACGCCCUCAUAAUGAAGGAGAUUCCUGAUUUACCACAGCUGAAAUUGGAGGAGCUAUCUGUGGAAGAGACGUUAUCUCAGUUUUGUACGGAGCUGCAGCUUCUGAGCAAUCCAGAGAAGAUAGCAGAACAGAUAAGCAAGGACCUCGCCUGGCUUUGCUCCCACCUCCUGGCCCUGUGGACCCAGUUCCUGGAGGUGGCAACUCUCCACCCAGAAGUCACAGCUUAUCUGACUCAGGAACAUCACAUGCUAAGGGUGAGGAGAUUCUCAGAAGCCUUCUUCUACACCGAGCACCAGAAACUCGCUGUGCUCACAUUCCAGGAAGGCCUGAUCCAAAGUCAUGGACAGAUUUCUACAGAAAUUCGUAAUUCGGAGUACUUCACCAGCAUGCCCCCGCUUCCGGCAGAAUGCCUUGACAUAGACGGGGACUGGAACACACUCCCAGUUAUCUUUGAAGAUAGGUACAUGGAUAUGCCUUGCAAAGACCAGAAUUUGGAAGUUUUCCCAGAUUUUGAGGUUCCUGCAAAUACCCAAAUGGACAUAAUAGGUGACAAUGAAGAUUUUACAUCAAAUGAUGCCACUGCAGUAAUAAAAGGAGACUUUGGGAAACGUACUCUGAUAAUACACACAGACAGGAUAAAUGGGAAUCCCUCCUGCAUAUACAGUGGUACUGAAGGUGCUGCUUAUACAUCUAAGGGUUUAAACCAGCACUCCACAUCUCAGGUAUGUACAGUGAACAAAGAAGGCCAAAGGAAAACUGAAAGUAUUUUUGUUUCAAGUAAGGAAACUACUUCUGACUCAGAGCCAGGCAAUACAGAAUGCACAUCAGAAGACUUUAAAACAUCCCAGGAAGUUUUAUUAAAAGACAAUAGACUUGUGGCAGAUGUAAUCUGCAAAGAUACGAAACCUAGCAAUAAGGAUUCCCACAGAAGUGAGCCUAUGUUAAUCGUCAGUGCUCAGUAUGAGUGUGGAGCAUGUGGAACUGAGGGCUUGGAAGACAGGACCGAAAUACGUAAAACAGAUGAAUCUAGUCAUCCUGAGAAUAAUCUCACUUCAUCUGAGCUUGCGUUGAAUGAAUUAACCAGUCUUGAAAAAACAGAAGAUCCAGACACCAAGGCUCUGCUCCCUGUUUUGAAAACUUUGCCCACACACAGCGUUGGAGUGAAAUUGUUCACAAAGGAGCAACGAGGCGAGGAGUGUGAAGAAUUUACCCUGAUGUCAGGGGUUAUAAAGAGAUCCUCCUCUAUAAUAUCUGAUUCAGGCAUUGAAAGUGAACCAAGUUCGGUGGCGUGGUCUGAUGCUCGUAGCCGGGCACUGGAGCUGCCCAGCGAUCGAGAGAUUCUGCAUCACUUGGUACGAAGGCACGCCAUCCACCGAAAUUCCCUGGAGGGUGGCCACACAGAAAGCAAUACGAGCUUGCCCAGUGGGAUCCAAGCGUCGCUCACAUCCAUAAGCUCUUUGCCCUUUGAGGAAGAUGAGAGGGAAGUGGAGCUUACCAAGCUGACCAAAUCUGUCUCCGCUCCUCAGAUCAGUAGCCCAGAAGAGCCUGCAGAGGAGGUGGAUAUAUCCAAACACAGGGAAGCAUCCUCAGGAGAUUCAGGAGAAAACUUAAAAAGUUGCAUGGAAAGAGAGGGUGAGGAUGGGCAAUUAGUUGUGGACUCUCUUGGGUGUCAAAUCACCACUGAAAGUGAGCAAUUAGAACAAGGAGGACAUCCCAAACCCUAUGUCAAACACAGUAGCAGUAACAUUGAGUUACAAGGGGAGGAGGAGAAGGAAGAUUUUCCAGAGACUUACUGUAGUUUGGAAAGUGCAAGACCACCCGUUUGUCCAAAGCAGCUCAGAGAAAAUGUCUCUGAAUGCCAGUCACUGGAGAGCAAUGAUGAGUGCAGCUUAAAAACACCAAGGGCUUGUAAUUACUUGGACAAAAAUAUAGAUAAAUUUGAUACAUGUAUUGAGGAUCCAAAGGAUAAACUUAAGCCGGACAAUUUAAAAACCCAACAAGGCUUUUAUUCCGAUAGCAGAAUUUCAGGCGAGGAGAGUUUCUCACAAAGCAUAAAGCUGGUACCAGAUUUUUGCUAUCCUGUUCCAGCUCCUUCAGAGACCUCAACUGAAUUUGGCUCAAUGCAAGGAGAAUGUGGUAGCUCUCUUGCUGAUGAGAGCCCGGCAGUGUAUGCAGAAAUGCAGGGCUUACAAGAAAUCGAGCUCAAUGACUCACCUGCCUCAGCAGACCCUGCUGCAGGAUCCUACCAGCCUGAAGAUCCUCAAGAACCCAACGGUCAAGAGCAUAAACUUGUAGCCAAUGGCACCGUGUUUCAUUCGGCGACAGCGGAGGGAGUAGCCCUGGAAAGCAGAAAGGCUGUUGAUGUGGUUAACCUGUCUGUCUCUUGCACAGCCACAUGUCUUCCCUUUUCUUCUGUGCUCAAAGAGACCCCUGCUAUGGUCGGCUUCUCUGCAAAGCAGGCUGCAUUCCCCAUCACACGCCAGCCUCUGGGCUCUUUCGGAGUUGUCUCUUCUAAUUCGAAUGAGGUGGAUGAAGAGACCAAUGAAAGGAUGCUGAAUUUUUAUCAGGCCAAAGAAAAAUUUAAAAAAGAAAUGAAGAUUGAAGGAUUUCUGUACAGUGACUUAUCUGUACUAGCUUCUGAUAUCCCAUAUUUUCCACCAGAGGAAGAGGAAGAAAAUUUGGAAGAUGGAAUUCACCUGGUUGUCUGUGUCCAUGGAUUGGAUGGUAACAGUGCAGAUCUGCGGCUGGUAAAGACUUUUAUAGAACUGGGACUCCCUGGUGGAAAACUGGACUUCCUAAUGUCUGAAAGAAAUCAGACUGAUACUUUUGCUGAUUUUGAUACAAUGACAGACCGAUUAUUGGAUGAAAUUAUUCAGCAUAUCCAAUUGUACAACCUCUCCAUAUCCCGAAUAAGUUUUAUUGGACAUUCCCUUGGUAACGUCAUUAUUCGAUCUGUACUAACUCGCCCCAGGUUUCGCUAUUACCUCAACAAGUUACACACCUUCCUAUCCCUAUCUGGGCCUCACCUGGGAACCCUUUACAACAACAGUACUUUGGUUAGUACAGGUCUAUGGCUCAUGCAGAAGUUGAAAAAGUCAGGGUCACUUUUGCAACUGACCUUCAGGGACAACGCAGACCUGCGCAAGUGUUUCCUCUAUCAGCUCAGCCAAAAAACGGGUCUUCAGUACUUUAAAAAUGUUGUGUUAGUGGCCUCACCCCAAGACAGAUACGUACCCUUUCAUUCAGCAAGAAUAGAAAUGUGCAAAAAUGCACUUAAGGACAGACACACAGGUCCUGUUUAUGCAGAAAUGAUUAACAACCUGCUCCAGCCUUUGAUUGGGGCAAAGGACUGCACUUUGAUCAGACACAACGUGUUCCAUGCUCUGCCAAACACCGCCAACACGUUGAUAGGCCGAGCUGCCCACAUUGCCGUGCUGGACUCUGAACUUUUCCUGGAGAAGUUUUUCCUCGUGGCAGGACUCAACUACUUCAAAUAGUGCCUGAACUAUGGGAUAGCAGAGGCAAACAUUUUCAUCAAGUGGAGGAGAAUCCCUUUGCCAAAAGAGCGCAGUGUUAGAAAUGAGAUCAGGUGGGACUUUCAAACUCUCCAUUCCCAUUUCUGUUUCAGAGAGUAAAGUGCUAUGGCUUUAAGGCAUUCAAGCUUCCAAAUAUUGGUGCUUUUGGAAGAAAUAAAUAUUCCUCUUCAGUUUCUAUGUUCUUUGUCCACAUAAAGACAUGAGACACUUCUGAAGUACAGAAGCAGAAUAAGGCGGCUAAUUCUCUAAACGUGAUUGGAUCAAUAUGAUUCCCAUUUCUCCUGAAUAUUAACGCGGGAACUUGGCUUUCCUUGAUUUAAUGCUUAUUUAUGUAUUAACAAAGCUAUAAAUUUGUAGCACUUUUGGGGUAGUUAACACAAGAGGAAACAAACAUAUAUGAACUCAGGAUAAAACCUCCUUUGUGAUGAACUGAGAAGUCUGAAAAACAUUUAUGAAAGUUUCAGUGUUUCCAUUUGUCGGAAGAAAAUAUCCGGAUGGUUCCAGUACUGAUGAGCAACUGACAAAUACUGUUGGGCUGAGUUUCGAGAAAUUAAUUUCAGCUUUACGGAGGUCAAUAUUUUUCUUCAUAAAAAAAACUAUAAAAGAUUCAAGCAGCUGCCCCCUGGAUUUACUAACCAUUUGUACCCAUGCAUAGUGGAUGUAAAAUGCUAACAUUGGUGUACACGCCCGUGUUUGUGCACACAGGCUGCAAGGCAAUGCAUCAGAGAUAUAUCGUCCUCCAAGUACUUCCUUUAAGGCUGAUUGUUCAGGGCAAGCAAUAUGCAUGAUAUCACUGGUGCAUGUAACAGUUAAGUACAGCCUUCUGCAAAUCUGGAUUUAAAGACAGUAACUUUAUACUGAGGCUGAACUUUGCAGAUGAGUAGUCUAUGGCAUUUUUAGUUAUAACCGUUUCUGUGGUCUGAAUGUGAGUGCAACUGAUCCUGUCACGUGACACUAGAGGUUGCACAGUUAAAUGACACAUUAUUACAUCCGAUUGAGGCAGUUAUGUUUCUCGCAAAUUAUAUUUCAAAUCAGGCAGAAGAGGCAAUAAUUAGAGGCUGUGAGCUUGGAAAAUCUGUACUGUUUCUUUAUUUAUUUUUUAAGACACCAAGAUUUACAACCCAUGCUCCGUUCUGCCUCUCUCUAAUUUACUUCCCUUUCCCUAAUGAACAUUUGUCAACUGCCAUACACUUCAAUUUUCUUUAACUAUGUCUGUCAAGAUUUAAGUGAGACUUAUAUCGAAAAAAACAAAACUGAACUCACAAAGUGGAAACAAAUGAAGUUGAGUCAAUUCCUUGACAUUUUAAGGAAAACGGAGAUGCAAAUCAAAGUUCUUGAAAUGUAGGUUCUGACUCAACAGCAUCCACAAGGUCUUAACUAAGGGUCUGACCCUGAGAAAUGCUGCUCAGAUGCACUUUUGAUAUAAUGGGCCAGAUCCCCACGUGGAUUAGCCUGAUCGAGCAGUUUAUAAAGCCUAAGGAUCUUGCUGAAUGGCAACCAGUAGCAUUCAUGGCAUCUCACAGUCAGACCACCAGAAGAUAGCAAAUGUCCUGGGUUAUUUUUAAGGCCAAUUUUUCAGUUGGUCUAUCCUGUUUUAAAAAACAAUGUCUUUUUAGACAAAUGCAGACCUCUCCAAGGGAUCAAGUCAAUAGAUUAAUGUGGACAGAUCCUUAUAGGUUAAGGGAAAGGGCUUUUAAUUUUUAAAUCUACUACUUUGAAUCAUGAUCAUACAAAAAAAGCUGAAGAAAUCUGACAUGGUCCCUUGUAUAAACAAGAUCAUGAAUGUAAAGCUUAUAAUGCCACUGUGAAAUUUUAAUGCUUAUUUAUUAUAGUUAUGAUGAAACCUGUAUAAUAAGAUGAUGAUGAUAAUAAUAAUAAU